CCCGACCCAUUGAACCAUGUCCACAGGUGAUACUGAAUUCGCUGUGCUAUAUUUUGCUUUGGUCAAUGCAAAGUCGGCAUUCUGUACUUGUACAAACAUCCACUGUGAUCAAAGUAUGUUAACAAAAUUGUUGCGCCUAGCUUUCAUUUAACCACAUGAUAUGGACUAAAUUUAUCCUAGUCUGUGAGAUCGUGGGUUCGUGUUGAAUGCUUCGUGGACUUAACGUAAUUAAUCACUGCAUCAAAAGACAAUUUGCUGGUUAUGUGAACGCCACGUCCAUUUGGCUUCUGUGUGUGUGUAUAUACCGCAUGACUCACCUGAAAUCACGCACCAUUGGACUGCCGUGCACUAAAGCUGCAUUAGAUGUCACCGAAAACCAGUUCAUAGGGUGGAACUUGGAUGCUUUUAUCCUGAGAGAAUUGAGUUAGCCACUGACCGAUCACUGAAGAAAAACCCCACCGUCCAUAAGCCCCCGUUGCCCCACCGUGACUCGCCGGAAUGGCGCUGAAACCCGUGGACGAUCUCGCCACGCUCGAGUCGCUGGACGAGAAGGCGAUCUUGGAAGAACUCAAGAGAAGAUAUGCAAAUGACAUCAUCUAUACGUACAUCGGCGAUAUUCUGAUUGCUAUCAACCCCUACAAGCCUCUGUCGAUAUAUUCCUAUCAGACAUCAUGUUCAUACACCAACCUACAGUACAGGCAGGCACUCCCGCCCCAUAUCUUCGCCAUAGCCGACAAGGCCUACAGCAGCAUGAAGCGACUGGGCAUGCGCCAAUGUUGCGUCAUCAGCGGCGAAUCAGGGGCCGGGAAGACCGAGAGCGCUAAGUAUCUGAUUGGUCACGUGAUCAGCCACUGCAGCAGCAACAAGAAAAACCUGCAGGAGAAAAUUCUACAAGUUAAUCCUCUCUUGGAAGCGUUUGGCAAUGCACGGACAGUCAUGAACGACAACUCCAGUCGGUUCGGCAAGUUUCUGGAACUGAAGUUUUCCCACGAUGGAAGAAUCGUUGGAGCCACCAUUGACCAGUAUCUCCUGGAGAAAUCCCGCGUGGUGAGCCAAGGCAAAGGCGAGCGAAACUUCCACAUCUUCUACUACAUGUUUGCAGGACUGACGGAACAGCAGCUGUUGAAUCUACUGCUGUCACCCCCUGAAAAGCACAGAAUAAUAAAUGCUGUUUCGGGUCAAGGAGUAUAUGAGAGCGAAGAAGAGUUCUUGUUUAAUCAGAAGAUGUACGAUGAGCUGCAGGAUAUCAUGGAGCUGGUCGGAUUCACACAGGAGGAUAUCUGGAUGAUAUUCACCAUACUGUCAGCGAUUAUCCAAAUAGCAGAUAUCGAUUUUGAUCUUGAUGACGAGACAGGUGGUUCGUACAUCGUGGACGAAUACAUACUCAAAGUCGUGUGCAAUCUUCUCGGACUGGACGUAGUUGAAAUGGCGACAGCACUCGUGUCCAACGUAUCAUACACAAGAGGUGAACAGAUUUUGACAUUGAAGACAGUAGCCCAAGCAAACGAUGGCCGUGACGCGUUGGCCAAGGCGCUGUACAGCAAGCUGUUCACGUGGAUUGUAAGGCAGGUCAAUACGCUGAUAGCGCCGGAUCCACAUCUACAGGGAGGAACGGAAGGCUACGAGAUUGGCAUCCUGGACAUCUACGGUUUUGAGAGCUUCGAGACUAACAGCUUCGAGCAACUCUGCAUCAACGUGACCAACGAGCAGCUCCAAUUCUACUUCAACCAGCGCAUCUUCGCCUGGGAGCUGGCCGAGUACGCGAGUGAAGGAAUCUCGCACGCCAAGAUCAAAUUCCAGGACAACCAGCCGGUUCUGGAUCUCUUCCUUGCUAGGCCGCUCGGACUCUUCUCCAUUCUGGACGAGGAGAGCCGCUUCCCUCAAGCCACUGACGUCACAUUCGUCAGCAAGCUCAUCAGCAACCACGGCAAGAACAGUAACUUCCUGAAGGAGAAGAAAUCCCGCGGACAAACCAAGUUCGGCAUCAACCACUACGCUGGAGAAUUGUGGUAUGACGCCAGCGGUUUCCUGGAGAAGAACCGGGACACGUUCAGCGCGAAUCUGACGGAGAGCAUGCUACACAGCCAGAACGGACUGCUCAGAUAUCUGUUCAGUGCCAGCGAAGCAGAACUAUCGGAAUCAAAACAGUCGGGCCCAUUCGCAGUGUCACAGAGUCAAAAGGACAUCCUUCUAUGCAAGCCGCCGCCAAAAAUCAUCCACGACGGGACGGUCAGUCUGUCUCGCGCCGCCACCAAGAAACUCAAGAAACAAAUGAAAGAUGGGAAGGCUCAAAGUGACAAAGGAAAGCGAAGACCAACACUGCCCUCUAUCGGCUUGCAUUUCAAGCGAUCCUUGACCGAUCUGAUGGCCAAGAUCUUAGGGGCCGAACCCCAGUUUGUCCGGUGCAUCAAGCCCAACAGCCAGAGCCGUAACGAUUUCUACGAGGACCGGCUAGUCCAGCGGCAGCUGCAGUACACGGGGGUGCUGGAGACGAUCAAGAUACGGCGCAUGGGCUUCCCGUCGCGGCUGAACUUCGCGGACUUCAUCAGAAGGUAUAAGUUCAUAGGGUUCCCGUUGUCGGCAAGCAUCAAGGCCAACGCGGCGGCGUGUAAGAAGAUUCUACAAGCAGGGGGACUGUCGGGCUUCGAGAUCGGAAAAACAAAGGUAUUUCUCAAGUAUUGGCACUCGGAGAAACUCGACACUCGCUUGGACCAACUCGUGUCCAGCGUGGUGACUUGCCAGCGGUACGUGCGCGGGAGGCUGGGCCGUAAAUUCACGCGAUCCGUCCGCGAGAAGGGUUGGAAGCAACGCGGUGCCGUGGCCGGUUUCCUGGAGGACGUCGAGUUAUACAACGAGAAGAUCUUAAGGUUGAUGGUGAAGAUGGACAAGCACGAUAAGGAGCGAUUCGAAGCUAAGAAGAGACAGAUGUUGCUGGGCGAACUACGAGUCAAAACAGAUGAGAGGCAGCGACUCAUCGUAGAGCAGAACGAACGCAAGAAGGUCCCUCCUCCCACAGCACCCAAGAGAUACAGCUACGGGGUACCAGUGGUUGCAGCAACCAAUGGGGUGCCCACGGAGAGGACGCAGAUACCGACUAGGAAGAGCAAAAUCGAAGAGGAACUCCUUGAGGAACUGGGGUAUCAGCUUCCUAGGAUAGACCCAGAUGCUUGGGCCAAGGUUUACUUCCUUGAGAAACGGUGCCGACUGGUAGACUUCAACAUCAAGUCGGCUGCAGUCAUCGUGGAUGGAUCUAAAUUCCAGUAUCCAGGAAGGCUUGGCUUUGGGGCUCUUCACAACCCCCUCCGUGACAAGCAGACAGAAAAGGUCCGCGGCCACAUCGGCAAAGGCGUCCAGGUUGAAGUGGACAAAGAGGGGAACGUCUGGGCGACCAGGCUGGGCAAGAACGAGGUCUUCGUCAAGGGAUGCUUUGAUCCUGAGAACCACUGCAUCUCCGCCGACGUCAUCGAGAGGAUGGGCCACCUAGAGACCAACGUCCCAAUGAAGGUGUUUGACAUCAAGGAGUACAAGAUCCAGCUGGCUCUAGAGGCCAAGAAGUCAGACCAGUCGGAGAUCGACAAGAAGCGACUCAAGCAACUCUGUAACGUCUCACUCAGCUUUGUCAAGGAUGCUGUGGAGGAUGUCAACACGCCUUGCUGGAUAAGCAUCGUGGUGCUACCAGCUCUCCGACUGGACAACCCCAAAAUCCUGCAAGAUGCUACCAAGAUUCUGUCCGUUUACCGAACAGCGAAGCAGAUAGAAUCCAGUGAAAUGGGCCGAUCGGCGAGCCGCAAGUGGGCCAAGUCCAACAUGCGCCGCUCCAACUUUGAGAAGGAGAACACCAAGAAGGACGGACGGAAAGCGAGACUGAACGAAAUGGAGAAAGCUAAGAAAAUGGGCAUGGAAGCCAUGUACAGCUGGGAGAACCCCAAGGACGACAAAGGAAACCAGCCUGCUGUGACCAAAGAAAUGGACCGUCUGUCUAUCGUUUCCAACGACAGCGACACUGGAUCCAGUCUGUACCAAGGUGACGAGGGAGGAUAUCAAAGCUCGUCGGUACGACGCGCAGUGUUGCGCUCCCUGUCGGUCCGUAAUGCUGCUGCUUUCCGCCAGCGGAGUCUGAAGCGUUUCCAGGAGACCGGGGCCCAGGAUAUUGAAGUGCCCGAGGACCCAUAUUCGGUCAACGGAGGGCGCCGCGUCUGGGCCAAGGCCAAGCAGAAACAGCGCGAGGCUCUGGCUGACGAAAUCUUCUGACGAGAUACAAUAAACCUGAAAUGAGAAAACAGAGCAUAAAAGCUGUACAAAUAUAUCUGUUAAAAACGGCUUCGUCUGAAAGGCAUGUUUUGGGUGCAUUUCUACAAUUUCAAUAUAUGCAGAUAACCUUCAUCACUUAUCAUUUUAUGUGAACUGGCUUCCAAGUUGUCUUAUUGUGCUUGUACGAUAUAAUACGCAGACUGACACAUCUUGCUUUGCAUUUGUAUUCCUGAGCAGAAAAUGGGCAGUCCUAUAUUCAUACAUAAUAUACACGUACUUCUAAAUGUCGGGCAUGCUUUGUAUAGUACAGAUUUGUACAAAAGCACUUAACAUUUUCUCUAUAAUGGCCGAUGCUACAAAUUGUAUAUGGAGAAGUUCUGAAGAUUCAUUUCAAAGUGUGAUUUUUGUUUGUACAUGUAUUUUCCACUUUGACCUAUAAGAUUUGAGAAACACCCCUCCUCCCCCCCCCCCUCCCAGUCUGAGUAUCACCCAUUAUCCAUGGAGCCUAGUCUCCCUUUUAACAUCAGAAAAUCUUCUAACAUCAGAAAAUCUGGUCCCUCCCUUGUUUAUACCAGACCCCUUGUG